AUGCUUUACCACUAUAUCAACUCGAUCUUUACCGCCGCCACCGCGUGCCUUGUGGUCCAGUCUAUGUUGCCCUCUACCGCUGCCGCGGCGCCGACCAUUCCCCCCCACGCCCGGGUGACCGACGACGUUCAGCCCUCGGUCAUUUACGAGCCGUUCGUGUUCCCCAUGAUACCCUACGCCCCGGACACGGACACUAUGGUACUGAACAUUGGUCUUGUGGCCCAUACUUCGAACGCGACUGUUUACAUGGUGUUUAGCCUGGUCGAGUCCGUCGCCAAAUCUGACCCUGAAGCUAUGGUCUAUGAGAUUGACGCUGGAGACGUGGACCAGAUGGCCCGCACUAUACCCAUUGCCCCCGCCGCUGCGGCUGAGCCGCAGGAGACGCGCUAUCUUGAAGUCCGUAUCGACCCGCGUAUGUAUGAGACCGUUGUCAAUAAUGUCAACAACAUUUAUAUUGACGAUAACACUAUUGCCGGAGAUAUAGUCAUUGACACGUCCAUUGAUGUCACAAACGGCGGCGGCAACACGGUCAACAACAAUGGCGGGGGUAACACUGUCAACAGUAACAAUGGUGGCGACCAGAGCACCCCUACUAUGGUAGUAAAGGAGUGUCGCACUACGCAUCCCGACGACACACUGAACCAGUGCCUAGACAUUGUCAACAACAAGGCUAUCAUGGUCACCAAGAAACCGGACUGCUGGAUGAUUGACAAGACUGCCCUUAAUAACAAGUGGAUCAUGAAGGAACAGGUCUUUAUCCAGAGCGUGGCGAACGAUCAUAUUGUUGUCAACUACUCCAGUGCCGAUGUUGUCGUGUUGAUGAUUGCCGGCAAAUUUAUCGAGUACGAGGACCAGAAGUGGUAUUUUGUAGACUGCAUCUAA